AUGACUCGCCUGAGGAAACUUAGCACCGCUCUCGGAGCUGUCGCAGCCACUGCUUACGGCGGUACAAUCCUUCUCUCCCCUCCUUUAUCAUCCAACGAUCAAGGAUCUCAGCUCUCUGCCUUCCAACAGAAGAUCCACGACCCUGCCGCCGUCCUCCCGUCCAGACAAGUUCAGCAGUCGUCACUUAUCGGCUCCUGCUCCGCUAACCCUCUUGACAUUCUCGUAAUUGGCGGCGGAGCCACCGGUUCCGGCGUUGCCCUUGAUGCCGCCACACGUGGACUCCGUGUCGGCCUCGUUGAAAGAGAGGAUUUCUCUUCUGGAACUUCUUCUCGCUCCACAAAGCUCAUACAUGGAGGUGUUCGUUACUUGGAGAAAGCUGUCUUUAAACUUGACUAUGGCCAACUCAAGUUAGUGUUCCACGCUCUCGAGGAGCGUAAACAGGUUAUUGACAAUGCACCACACCUAUGCAAUGCUUUACCUUGCAUGACACCGUGUUUUGACUGGUUUGAAGUAGUGUACUACUGGAUGGGCUUGAAAAUGUACGAUCUGGUAGCAGGAGCACGACUUUUGCAUUUAUCAAGAUAUUAUUCUACAAAAGAGUCCGUCGAGCUUUUUCCCACUUUGGCAACAGAGGGAAAUGGUAGAAGCCUCAGAGGCACAGUUGUUUAUUACGAUGGCCAGAUGAAUGAUGCACGACUUAAUGUUGGAUUGGCUUGCACAGCUGCAUUGGCUGGUGCAGCAGUGCUGAACCAUGCUGAAGUUGUAUCCCUAUUGAAGGAUAGUGUUGGUGAACGGAUAAUUGGUGCACGAAUUAGAGACAAUUUAACUGGCAAAGAGUUUGAUACAUACGCAAAAGUAAUUGUGAAUGCAGCUGGUCCUUAUUGUGAUUCAGUGAGGAAAAUGGCUGACAAAAACGUACGAGAUGUGAUUUGUCCAAGCAGUGGUGUACAUAUUAUACUCCCUGAUUAUUAUUCUCCAGAGGGUAUGGGCUUAAUUGUUCCUAAAACUAAAGAUGGGCGUGUUGUUUUUAUGCUUCCUUGGCUGGGAAGAACCGUUGCUGGAACUACAGAUUCCAACACUGCCAUUACUUUUCUUCCAGAACCACAUGAAGAUGAAAUACAAUUUAUAUUGGACGCCAUAUCUGACUACCUUAAUGUUAAGGUCCGACGCUCUGAUGUUCUUUCUGCUUGGAGUGGAAUCCGGCCACUAGCAACAGACCCAUCAGCUAAAAAUACUGAAAGCAUCUCCAGGGAUCAUGUUGUCUUUGAAGAGCACCCUGGUCUGGUCACCAUCACUGGUGGAAAAUGGACUACCUAUCGCAGCAUGGCUGAAGAUGCUGUUGAUGCAGCUAUAAAGGCUGGGAAACUGGCCCCAUCCGGUGGAUGUGUGACCAACAACCUUAGGAUUCUUGGUGGUGAAGGGUGGGAUCCCGCAUCUUUUACAGUUCUCACACAACAGUAUGUGCGCAUGAAACUCACACAUGGGGGAAAAGUUGUUCCUGGGGUAAUGGACACUGCAUCAGCAAAACACUUGUCUCAUGCAUAUGGAACAUUGGGUGAACGUGUGGCAGCCAUUGCUCAGAAUGAAAAUUUGGGUAAGCGGCUUGCCCAUGGCUACUCAUUUUUGGAGGCCGAGGUGGCUUAUUGUGCUCGUCAUGAAUACUGUGAAUCAGCCAUUGAUUUCAUUGCAAGGAGAUCUCGCCUGGCUUUCCUGGACACCGAUGCAGCAAGACGAGCAUUACCUCGGGUGAUUCAAUUAUUGGCAGCUGAACACAAAUGGGACAAAUCAAGGCAGAAGGAAGAGCUUCAGAAGGCUAAAGAUUUUUUGGAGACUUUCAAAUCCUCCAAAAAUGCUCAGUUUUAUGAUGGGAAGCACAACUGA